ACAUGGAGGAUCUCAUUAAUUGCAUGUUUGUGUGUCUGCUGUCAGUCUCGAGACUCGGGUCGUUGCUGCGAACGUCAUUUUGUUUUGUUCUUUAUUUUCUCGGCAGACUUUGGAUAUCACAUCACAUCUCUAGACCCGGAACACAUUUUCUUCUGCAUUUUAACAUCCAGCAGUUUCAGUGUUUCAGUCCGAAUGCAGCGCUGCACACCAAAGAUGGCUUCCACCCAAAGGUGAAGGCUGCCUGCCAGGUACAGAAGACAGACACAGUGAGCUUUAAUAUCGCCAAGGUCGUCGUAGUGGGAGAUGUUGCAGUUGGGAAAACGUGUCUGAUCAGCAGGUUUCGUAAGGGUGCGUUUGAUAAGAACUACAAAGCAACCAUAGGAGUGGAUUUUGAGAUGGAGCGCUUCGAGGUGCUCGGUGUUCCCUUCAGUUUACAGCUGUGGGACACAGCAGGUCAGGAGCGCUUCAAAUGCAUCGCUUCAACAUAUUACAGAGGAGCACAAGCCAUUAUAGUGGUGUUUGACUUAAGCAGCGUCAGUUCAUUAGCUCAUGCCAGGCAGUGGCUGGAGGACGCCAUGAAGGAAAAUGACCCAUCCAGUGUUUUACUGUUCCUUGUUGGUACCAAGAAAGACCUUAGUUCUCCUGAUCAGUUGGUUCAGAUUGAGCAGGAAGCCAUCAGACUCUCUGAGGAAAUCAAAGCAGAGUACUGGGCUGUGUCUGCUAAGUCAGGAGAUGGUGUCAGGAAUUUCUUCUUCCGUGUGGCCUCUCUGACUUUUGAGGCCAACGUUUUGUCCGAACUCGAGAAAAGUGGCGUGAGGAACGUCGGUGACAUUAUCAGGCUCACAGACAGCACAGAAGCCGAUCGCAAACCAACCAAGAGGAAAUCCAACUGCUGCUGAUGAUGAUGAGAGAAUGGCCGCCUGGAUACGCUGUACUGACAACACAUGCACCACAAAAUUGCACAAUGAAGGGGGGAAAUUAAACUAAAAUGUGGACACAGCAUGCUCGGUAUGGAUAUCAUGAAUAGACCCCAUAAAGAACGAUGUAAUAACACCAUUGUAUUCGUGUUGUUGCGUAAACACCCUGAGAGGAGGCUGUAGGUUGUAGAUAAUGAUUUCUAAGUUGAGAAGUCCUCAGGAAUGUGUGUACUGCUGGUCGGGGUUAAAGAUGCUGGUUAACAUUUAAUUUAAUUUAAUAAAAGGAAGAUUAUUAUCCACUAGAUCUUUUGGCAACAUUGUUUAGGAUAAAAUAUCUGCAUGAGUGCAUGUUUUUGGGUCAUCUUCAAAACAUCUUCCUGUCACGCGUCUGUGCUGCUAAUGUGUUGCCUACGCCAGCACACAUGACCGCAGUCAUGCCCACAACGCAUCGCUCUCCUCUGACAUCUCAUGAUCUCGAAAAUGGAGGGAUUGUUUGCAGGGACAGAAACAAAGUUGCAUCUGAGUUUAAUUAAUUUGCUCGCUCAGUUACGUCAGACUGCAGAUGUUCUCGUCUCCAAACACAGGCUUUUAUUAUAGCUCGUGGAUGAUGAACUGUAAAUAAAUUGCUUUUGAUCACCGUUUUGUCUUUCUGUUGAAAUAGAGAAGCUAAAUUGAUUGAUUGACAUAAACAAAUUAGAAAGGUUGGGAAGAUUCUUCACAUUCUGUUCCCAGCAAAUCAAAUUAUUACGGCGGAGAACACGCACACACAUGUCCAUCACAUGUCCAGGCUGCCAGUUUGUUUCCCAAAUCAGCAUGAGCAAGACUCAGGGUUUAAUAUGAACACUUUUAUUAAAGGGAUCACAUGUAGAAAAGGUCAUCAGCAGUGCCAGAGACAUCAUUUCUCCUCUAUCACCAACUACCGCCGAGAAUCGAUCGCAGCCUAGCUGAGAAAGAUGCAUUAUGUUAAUCUGGCAAGAGACGUAAAAACCAAG